CCGAGCGUCAUCAUCGCUGCACAGUGAUCUCUGCGAAGUUCGGUCUUGCACGCGAUGCGAAGCAGUCGCAAGGCGAUCGACGGGGAAUGCCAUUCUUUCCGGCUGAAAGCGGAACCAGGAUGCAGGAACUGACGCGAGUCUGCGACCUGAACGGCAGUGCUGGCAAAGCAGAGUUGGUGUCCGUUGCUCCGGCCACCAGCAAUCUCGACCAGCUGCUGCCCAACAUAAAGUUGGAGCACGACCCCGACCUGGAGGGCUGGCUGCCCACGCCCACGCCGGAGCACCCACAACUGCGGCUGGACCUCAACAGCACCCGGCUGCUGCUGCAGGGCUCCGACGACCCGCUGAUCUCGCACGGCGCCACCAGCGAUGCCCACGACGAGGACCAUCCCUUCAAGACGCUGCUGGCCCGGAAAAGCGCCGUCCACGAGACGCCGCACAACGGCACCUGCAGUCCGCUGACCAAGCAGCAGCUGAAGGCCAACCUGCUGAUGGGCAGCCGCAAGGCAAGGCAUCCUCCCCAGGAUCAGCCCACCACUGCCCCACCACCAGCAGCACCACCACAAAAGACAGUUAGACCCGUGCAAGGUAGGUCCCAAAAAAGAGGCGAGGCGGGCGCCUUGAAGCUGCGGUUCCACCACCAAGCUCUGCCCGCGGAGUACGCCGCCCACUACGAGGCCACCCAGGGUCGAAAACCCUCUAGGCCUGUGCUCCCGCCGCCAUCAGCUCCUCCUCCGCCAAGUCAGGCGCACGAAAAUGUCCGCAGCUGGCUAAGGAAGAUUGCCGAGAUCCAAAGGAGUGCGGAGCGCCAGCAGCAGAAGCAGUCAACCACUCCUCGAACUGCAGCUCCGGCCGCUCGAUCCUCGCCCAUUGCAGCCACGUCGGUGGUGCCGCCAACCAACGCCUCCAACGCCCCCAAGCGCCACUCCCUGAAGUACGCCGACCUGCCCUACAUGGGCGAGAUCACGCUGGACAACUACAAGCCGCGUCGCGGCCGGAAGCCCAAGAAGGCGGACAUCUGCCACCUGAUCUACAAGAACUACGGCACCAUUGUGCCCGCCUCCUCCGUGGCGGCGAUGCCGGUGAGUGCUGCUCCCGCGACGAUUUCUGUGCCGCCCGAGGAGCCACUGAAUCUCUGCCUGCGCGACCAGAGCGGCGAUCGCUUCUCGAUCUCCAGCGGCGACAGUGAGAAGCCUACAACGACGACGGAUUGUGGCAGCUCCUCCCACCGAACAACGCCACUUGGUAAUGGGAAACCCCUGACUUUGGAGCUGACUGGCAACGAGGAGCAGUCCAAGCUGGGCCUCUACUACCAGCAGCUGGUGGAGUCCUGCAGCCUGGGCGGAAUGCCUGUGCCCCUGGAAACCAUCGAGAAGGACAACCAGCUCUCGCUCAAGAUACCCAUACCAAGUGGCUUCUUCGCCAACGAGACUGCGCCGCUGGCCAUGCGCAAGCGCAAGCGGUCGGCCAUCUUCAUACCGCCCAUGCCCGCCGAGAAUUCGACGAGUCCCUCCAACGAGGUCAGCAUCUGCAAGUUCAAGUUCACCGGCGGCGCGAAGCCCACGCUGCAGGAGAAGAAGAUGCUGUCGGUGGACGCGGAGGGCAACUACCGCUACUACAAUGGCACCGGGGACAAGACCAUGCGGGGCUACGAGUUCAUCUCAAGGGAUCAGCAGCAGCAGCAGCAGCAGGGGCAUGAUAAGCUGUACGUGGAUAUUCCGCCGCCUUCGAACGACCUCAGUCCAGAGAUGCUUCACCUGGCGCCGGAGUCGCCCACGUCCACGCUGCUCCUGCCGCACAGUCCGGUCUCCCAGGGCUCCAGCUCGCAGAGUCCGAUGCCCGGACAGCCGCACGGCAAAUCCUCGGCGGACAGCGAGCGCAAGCGGCGAUCCUCGAGGCGAUCCAAGCAGCGCGAGAAGCUGGAGAAGACCUUCAAGGAGAAGGGCUUCCUCAUCCAGACGCAGCAGCUGCAGUCCGCCGAAGGCGCCACUUACUGCAAGUUCAGGCAGCUGAAGAAGUUCACGCGCUACCUCUUCCGCAACUGGAAGGACCACAUACCGGAGAGCGAUCUGGCCAAGCAACCGAGUCAGGAGACCCAGACCACAUAGUCCUUCAGCCGCGGGAGAUCCGCACAAAGCACUGCCAAAGAUUUAAGUUUAAGACCAGAUUAUGUCGCCGGUGCCAGUCGAUUCCGUCCAUGCGGGCUGCCCAACGAUCCUCAGCCGCGCUUCCUAGUCGUUCAUCAGUUUUUCUAGUGCAUAAUAAAAUGUUAUUGUUAAUAAAUCAACUCAAUGUUUAACCAAAUAACUUUAGCCUUAUUAUAUAUUAUAGUUUCUAGCAGGGUUCGGAAAAUAACACACUCUGUAUUAUCAACA